CUUUGCGCAGGGUCGUGGGACGGACGAAAGAGAGAGAGGGAAUCAGUCAGGGAAGGACAGAGCGAGAACACAAAACGAGACUCGGCGGCGGUGGCCAGGGAGAAGAAGAAGCAUGGUGUUCGGCCGGGGCAAGCCGUCCUCGUCCACGCCCUCCACGGCGGCCGCCACCUCGUCGGCUGCCGCGGCGGCGUGCUCCGACCUCCGGGCGGCGUACCACGAGUGCUUCAACCGGUGGUACGCCGACAAGUUCGCCAAGGGCCAGUGGAACAAGGACGACUGCGCCGCCGACUGGCACAAGUACCGCGCCUGCCUCGAGGAACAUCUCGAAGACAAGCAUCUCAGGCAAAUCCUACUGGAGUCGGAAACAUCUCCCUCUUAUGCCCAGCUUGAUCCCGAUUCUUCGUCACGACAAGGUGCCACCCCAUCAAAAUGACAGUCUUGGACUAACAACAUGGUCGAUUUCUUUCCUUGAUCAAAAUUCGGAGACGAUUGAUAAGAGUGAACCAGAAAGUCUGUAUUUGGAUACAUGUUAUGUCCCUGGAUCAUGUCGAUUUCAGCUCAUGAGAUUAACUUGUAAAAUUUGCUUGGAUGUGAUUGCGCUCAACUUACAAAGUAUACUCAACCAAGCAAUAGUUUGUAAAUACUGAGCAGUUCUGGAUUAUGAAACUAGUUGAAUAGUAUCAGCUAUCCAGGUUCUGUAA